AGCCAGCCUUAUCCCAUCGUGACCUGUCUAUAUACAGCCUGUAUAGCUAUCUUCCCAUUCCCUCGGGGCGAAAGCACUACCGUCUAUCAAGAACAUCCUGGAGUCGUCCAUCCUAUCAUACUUCAAUGAAGCUCACCGCUUGGCCUCUCAUCGCGGUCUCUCCAGCCCUGGUCUUCCUCCUCCAAUGACUCCGUAGUAGCGCCCGCCCUUUUCUAUCACAAGACUCUCUAUCCCGCUUCGUUCCUCGUCCCCAGAGUUUCGUCCAAACCAACGACAAUGACGAAAGCUUGGAAAGAGCACAAGGACGUUAUCGCGAGGCUCUACAUCAAGGAAAAUCGUACCCUGGAUGAGGUCCGGGAGAUUAUGCAGCAGGACUACAACUUCAAGGCUUCGACAAGAUCAUACCGCCAACACUUUGACCAGUGGGACCUGUCAAAGUACAACUGCAAGAAGCGCACCGCCCGCCGUCAGAGCCGCGACUACCAGCAGUACCCCGAGCAGCAGCAGUACACCCCUUCCGCUACUGCCGCUGCCGCUGCCGUCGUCAUCGUCCAGGAGACUUACCCAAUGAGCCCGCAGAGCUACGGCAGCAGCAGCGGCAGUAUGAGCCCCGAGUCCGAGAUGGACAACGGCGGCGGUAGGCUUGACGACGUGGACGUCAGCCAGUCGUAUGGAGGCCAUCAGUACACGUACGCGGGUCAGAGCCAGAGCCAGAGUCAGGGCCAGCCUGUCUUGCAUCAACAGUAUACCCAGCAGCAGCAUCAUCACCCGCAGCUGGAGCAGCACCAUCGACAGCGUCAGUCCUGGGAUAACCAGGUGCCGCGGAGCAUAUCCUCGCCGUGGGAUCAGGCUGCCCUCCCCAGCCCUCCCGCGGAUCUGAGCGGGGACUCGUUCUUCCAGAUGUCCGGGGCGGAGGCGUUGUCUACGCAAGGCAAUCAUCGUUCGCAGGCUUAUACAACCGUGAUUCAUCCUGACCAGUAUCGUCAGCAGCAACAGCAGCAGCAGCACUACCACCGGCAACAGCCCAGCGCUGAUCCUCGAAUGAUGCCGACGCGCCUGUUGGCUCCGGCUCCGCAGCGUCCGGUGAGGCCGGAGCGUCGGGAGUCUGUUCCAUACCAAGGUGCUAUACACUGUGGGUUCCAUCGUUCCGGACUAUAGGGGCGGAAGAAGGCUACCCUACCGUGACUUUCCCCUUUCCUUCUCGCUUGCCCUCUCCUUUAUUGCACCUCUCCCCACCCUCUCUAGGCUCUUGUUUCCAUCGGCUUAGGUUAUCCUGAC